UUUGUGCUUUUUACAUUUCCCUCCAUUUCCUCCUCCUCUGUGUUUCGUAUGACCCGUCUCUAUGUUUCGAAGCCCUUUCCUUCGUUAUCUGUGCUUUCGGACAAGCACCGUCCUCUCUGUGCCUUCGAUUAACGAAGACCAUCGAAGCCCAUCCUUCCCUCUCCGUGCCUUUGAUUUACGAAGAGCAUUGAAGCCCCGAAGCCCCAUCUCUGUGUUUCGAUUUACGAAGACCAUCGAAGCCCCGAAACCUCAUCUCUGUGUAUUUCUGCGUUUUUGUCUCUGUGCCUCUAUGUAUUUUCCUUUCAUCCCGAGUUCUUCCUUUCAUCUCAAAGCCCUUCCAUUUCCCUUCAUCCCAAGUUCUCACCUCCCUUGAAGAUGACCCAGUAGACAUCCCUCCCUCCUAACCCUAACCCAGCCCAUUCCCUUCAUCCCAAGUUCUCACCUCCCUCAAAGCUCAGUUAUUGCGACAAUGGGUCAAUAAGGACAUUGUCUUUCUGUUAUUUACUAACGAUUACUCUUUUUUUAGGAUUCAAAGAAUAAAAAUUAUGAUUAUGCUACUACCCUAAUGUUUUUCAAUAUUUUAUACCCUGUGAUCUCUGUCUCUCAAGAUGUUUCUUGGUAAGGAACAACGAGUGAGUAGAUUUUUUUCUUGACCAGAUUUGGGAUAUUUCAAUGCAGGUUUGGGAUAUUUGUAUCAAGGCACAGAUUUUUGCUCUAACUGGGCACGAUAACACCAUUUGCUCGGUGUUUACUCGACCUGUGGAUCCAAAGUUGUUACUGGCUCUCAUGACUCAACCAUCAAGUUUUGGGACCUCAGAUUCGCUUUUUCCAUAUGAACCGCAUAUAAACUGUUGCCUGGCAGGAAAAACAAUGCUUACUCUCACUCACCAUAAAAAGUUGGUGCGAGCAAUGGCACCGAAUCCUAAAGAGAAUUGUUUUACGUCUGCUUCAGCUGACAACAUUAAGAAAUUUAACCUCCCGAAAGGGGAAUUCUUACACAACAUGCUUGGUGGUUUAUUUAUACAGCUCCCAACAAAAAACUAUAAUCAAUGCAAUGUGGCUAUCAAUGUGGAGGGUGUGUUGGCCACAGGAGGUGACAAUGGCAGUCUUUGGUUCUGGGAUUGGAAGAGUGAUCACAAUUUUCAGCAAGCCCAAACAAUUGUACAACCUGGCUCAUUGGAUAGUGAAGCUGGAAUCUAUGCUACAUGCUACGACUUAACUGGUUCAAGGCUUGUUACUUGUGAGGCUGACAAGACAAUUAAAAUGUGGAAGGAAGAUGAGAAUGCCACACCAGAAACUCAUCCCAUUAAUUUUAAGCCACCUAAAGAUAUUCGAUGGUUCUAGUGGUCAUCCUACUCUUUUUCUUCGGUUGGUUAUAUUCAGUUCACGUUGAUAUGGAAAAUGUGUAGCAAAAUUAGAACUGUAAUGUGUGUACACAAUUUGCUUUAUUAAAUACACAGGACUUUCCGGGGAAUAUGUUUUUGUAAGCUUUGAUGUAACGUCAAGACCUGUAGGCAGAAAUUUGAAUAUAUUUGGUUUUUAUAGAAGUUUUCAUUGUACUAAAAUCUUUAGCUGUUGUUGUAGAGUGACUGGUGUUGCUCAAAACUAUUGAAACAUUAGCGACUUGUAGUUGUAAUUUCUCAAAUUAGUGCCAGUUUUCAUCA